AUGCUAAUGAGUUUUAACCAUCCAUAUCAACCAUAUGAGAUUCAAUUACAGUUGAUGCAAUGUAUCUAUGGUGCAUUAAGUAGUGGUAAAAAAAUUGCAAUAUUGGAGAGUCCAACUGGUACAGGUAAAACUUUAUCGCUCCUUUGUUCUAGUAUAACAUGGUUAAGGGAUAAUAAAUUGCAUUUAUUAUCUCAAAAUCUCAACAAUGGUGGGAUUGCUAUUAAUAGUUCGAUAGAACUUUCUGAUGAUGAUGAUUUUAGUGAUGAUGAACCGAAUUGGGUUAAUGAAAGUUACAACUCAUCGAUUCUCGACAAUAAAUUAUUAGCUUUAAACGAUUAUGAAAAGCACUUGGAUACAAUCGCAAAUAAGCAUUAUAAGAUUGAUAAAAAUUUAAUUGGAAAUGAUAAUAAUAACAAUAAGGUGAAGAGACGUAAAAUUGAACAUAUUCCAGUUGGCUUUGAGGAAGAUGAAUUUUUACCGCAAGACUAUAUUUCAGAUAGUGAAGAAUUGGAGCAAACAAAAUCAGAAGCUCUUUCCAAUGAAGUGAAAGCAUUACUGGCAAAAUUAGACUCUAAAAGUAAUGACGAGCAAACAACAUCAACGGAGUUACUUCAAGAAUUGAAUCCAGUUAAAAUAUUUUUUGCAUCAAGAACCCAUUCCCAAUUGAAACAAUUUGCUUCACAGUUGAAAUUACCAAAAUUCAAAUCAUCUUUUGAUGAAAAAUUUGUAUCAAAUGAAAGACUAAAGUACUUACCGUUAGGUUCAAGAAAGCAGUUGUGUAUUAACAAGUCGAUUACAAGUAAAUGGAAGUCAACUGAAGCAAUAAACGAUGCAUGUAAGGAAUUACUACAAUCUGAAAAAGGAUGUCCAUAUCAUAAUAAAAAUACUUCGAAUACGCUGUUUAGAGACCAUGUUUUUACCGGGGUUCAUGACAUUGAAGAUAUUUUAGCUUUGGGGGAGUCAUUAAAUGUUUGUCCUUACUAUGCCACAAGGGAUUCGAUUACAAGUGCAGAAAUAAUCACUCUUCCCUACCAAUAUUUAUUAUCUGAAUCGACCAGAGAUAGUCUGAACAUAGAUUUAUCUAAUAGUAUUGUGAUAGUUGAUGAGGCUCAUAACUUAAUCGACACAAUCAACACUAUUCACUCGUCGCACAUUUCGUUACAAGAACUAAAAACAUGUCAAAUAGGGCUACAAAUGUACUUUGCAAAGUUUAAAUCAAGGCUAAAUGCGGGAAAUAGGGUCAAUCUUUUGAAAUUGAUAAAGUUAUUGGAUAUACUAAUUGAAUAUAUUAAUAAGAAUUUCAAGAAAAGUGGACAAGAAAUCAGUGCUAAUGAAAUAUUUAACAACACUAAUGCAGAUACUUUGAAUAUACAUAAACUAAAUCAAUUCAUUAAGGUAUCAAAAAUUGCUUAUAAAAUCGAUACUUAUUUGAAUUCUUUAUCAAAAGAAAGUGACAACGAAAACAAUGAGGAGAGUAAAAACAAGUCUACACCUUUAUUAUUUAAAGUUGCCUCGUUCCUAUCUUCUCUGACAAAUCCAAAUGAAGAAGGAAAAUUCUUUUUCGAGAAGAAUAAGUCAAUAAAGUAUAUGUUGCUUGAACCUUCUCAAUCUUUUAAAAGUAUUUUGGAUGAGGCAAGAUGUGUGAUACUUGCAGGCGGUACAAUGGAGCCAAUUUCUGAUUUUUUUGAUAAUCUAUUCCCAGAUAUUAUUAAAGAUAAAUCAGUAACGUUUGCUUGUGAUCACGUAAUUCCGGAUGAUAAUCUAAACACGUAUAUCAUUGAGGAACCUAAAUUUGAAUUCACAUUUGAUAAAAGGCAAAAUCCUGAAUUGGUUAACAAACAUUUAUUCCAAUUCUUUAUAAAAUUAUCUGUUAACGUACCGCCUACUGGUGGUAUUGUUGCAUUUUUUCCAAGCUAUUCAUAUCUUCAAUUUGUAAUUGAUAAUUGGAGAUCAAAUGGUUUAUUUGAUAAAUUAAAUAAAAUACGAGAAAUAUUUUAUGAAUCAAAGAACGGUUCAGAUCCUUUAGAUGAGUAUAUUAAAGUAAUAGAAGCUAGGAACCCUGCAAUUUUAUUUGCUGUCGUUGGUGGAAAACUAUCAGAGGGUAUUAAUUUUCAGGAUGACCUUUGUAGAGCAGUAGUUAUGACUGGGUUGCCCUAUCCUAAUGUCAUGAGUGGCGAACUACUUAUUAAAAAGAAUCAUAUUGAAACAAAGAUUUUGAAAAAUGGAGGAUCUAAGGCGGAUGUUUCCUGUGCAACUAAGGAUUUUUUUGAUACUAUAUGUAUGAAAGCAGUAAACCAAAGUGUUGGUCGAGCCAUUAGACAUAUUGACGACUAUUCUAAUAUUUAUUUGUUGGAUCAACGAUAUUCAAAUUCAAAGAUCAAAGACAAGUUGUCCCAGUGGGUAAGAAAAAGAAUUCAACCAGAAACUAACUUGGAACUCAUAAUGGAGAAAAGUAAUAGAACUUUUCAAACGAAGAAGACCAGUAAUUAA